AUGAGUGUGAUUGCCAUCCAGUUUGAGGGGCCCAACGCCAUUGCCAAGUGGCGCGAGCUCAUCGGGCCCACGCGCCCCGUGCAGUAUGCCUUGCUUGACGACCCGACCGCCUACCACCCCCCGAAUGCCCCAAACUCUCCCCAGACGGCGGCCUCGGAGAUUGCAUUCUGGUUCGAUGGGACCUUCGGCCAGGAGGAGUAG